CGAAGCCUUCCCGCCGCGACGGAGACAGCCGAGCGCUGCCGAAGCGGCUGCCCGCCAGGGCGGGGUGGCGCCGCGCAGGCCCGAAGGCGGGGCCGCGGGGGCCGAGCGCAGCCCGGCCGGAUGUGAGUGGAGCGGCCGCUUCCUGUUUCCCCGCAGUCCUCCCUCUCCCCGCCCUGGGUGGUGGCCGCUGCCUCGUCCCCGCUCCCAGGCACAGGGCGGAGGCGGCCGCGACCUGGUGCGGAGACCGCCGCCGGCUUCCUUCUUGCGCGGCCCUCCCCUCCCCGCCCCGCUCAGCAGCAGGACCCGCCGCUGCGGCGCAGCCCCGAUGCAGGCCAUCAAGUGUGUGGUGGUGGGCGACGGUGCUGUAGGUAAAACAUGCCUACUCAUCAGUUACACAACCAAUGCAUUUCCUGGAGAAUACAUACCCACUGUUUUUGACAACUACUCUGCUAAUGUAAUGGUUGAUGGAAAACCGGUCAACCUGGGUUUGUGGGACACAGCUGGUCAAGAGGAUUAUGACAGACUACGUCCGCUCUCCUACCCACAAACAGUUGGAGGAACCAAUGGUAAGAAUAUAUCUUCCAGUCUGACAGAUCAACCUAUUGCCGAUGUCUUCUUAAUCUGCUUUUCCCUUGUGAGUCCUGCUUCCUUUGAAAAUGUCCGUGCCAAGUGGUAUCCUGAGGUGCGGCACCAUUGCCCCAACACCCCCAUCAUUUUGGUGGGUACCAAACUUGAUCUCCGGGAUGACAAGGACACUAUUGAAAAGCUGAAGGAGAAGAAGCUGACGCCCAUCACCUACCCACAGGGCCUCGCCAUGGCGAAAGAGAUCGGCGCAGUGAAGUACCUCGAGUGCUCAGCGCUGACGCAGCGAGGCCUCAAGACGGUGUUUGACGAGGCCAUCCGCGCGGUCCUGUGCCCCCCUCCUGUGAAGAAGAGGAAGAGAAAAUGUCUGCUGCUGUAAAUGUCGCCCUCCCCCACCCACUCCAAACCCUGUGCUUUGCUCAAACAAUGGAGCAUUCACACUCAAUGCCAAGUUUCUCUGUUAUAAAUUAGUUCUUUUCCAUAAAUUCUUGAACCAAUCAACAAUUUUGCAGUUUCAUUUGUUCAAAGUAUGAAAGUUACCUUGCAUUCUUCUAAAAGCAAACUCCUGAAAAGACAAACCUAUGUAAAGCCUUAUUUUUAAAAUCCUAUUCUUGCUCGAUUAAGUGUUGCCAAACUAUCUGCUGAACUAAGUUGCAUUGUUGUGCUACGAACACUAAGCACUAAACUGUUUUUUAAAGAUUCGUCUUGAAGAUGACUCUAAUUUCUCUUUGGAAAUACAAAAACACUUUCUAGUUUUUCACAGUAAGUAACAGUACUGUGUGAUCAGCGAAGCACCGCGUCUCAUGUGUGUUGCUGUUAGUGUUUUCUCGACCCCCAGUCAUUGCACAGCCUCGUACAUCGAACCUGAAUAUUUGCCAAUGGCUGACGCCCUCGAGUCACAGUGUGAACGCUCUGUCAUCAGUAAGGCUUGGUCGCAAUCUAGUUCUUGCUGCUGUGAUUAAAAAAUAAAUAACUGUUCUUACUGAAGUGUAUCUAGUCCUUCUGCCAGCAUUGUAUUGUGGUGGGUAAAGGAAAUACUGGGUUGGAUCAGACGAUGGUGCCAGACAGUAUUUUGACGCUGUACAGACUUACACGGCACUGCCAGGGAGUUGAAACUGCGUUGACGUUUAGCGCAGGCUGAGCUCGUGGCCGUGGCGGGAGAGGUUGGUGCGCGCUGGUGAAUUCCUUUGAACUCCAGCAGGGCAUUCAUUUAGGUACCGUUCUGAACCUGUCAUUCCCACAGCUGUUCGGUAGUAGACGCUUUCUUGUAGAACCUCUUUCUUAGCGAUAUAACUUGUAUUUUAAACCCCUCCUGAUGAUAGAAAGUUCUUUUUUUUUUUUGGUAGAGUAGGCUGUUCAAGCAUAUCCUUAUUUUCCUUAGUUCUGACCCAGUAAGUUAUAUGCUUUCUGAGCUUUUAGUCUAUUAACUAGGUGUAAAAAUCAUGUGAAGCAGCUUUACCAUUUUAGCAAUUUUUAUCUUUCAAAGCUCUCUGAACUAUGAACCUUCUCAACCGUGACCAUUUGCCAGAUAUCCCCAAUCAUAACAUGAUUAAUGCAGACAAAUGUUCUUUAUGUCACUACAUGUACAUGUGCAGCAUAGAUUGAGUAAUGGUAACUUGGGUCUGUGAGGUUCCGUAAAUUAGUGCUAAUGUUCUGUACAUCCUAAACGGGCAGGAAUACAAUGUUGAACUACACUCUUUCAACCACUAAAGCAAAAUUUAAAAGUAAAAGUUGCAAAUUUGUAAAGUUUUUACAUUGAUCUUUUGCUAAUGCAAUUAGCAGUAUGUUUUGCAUGUAUGACUUAAUAAAUCCUUGAAUCACA